AUGAUGAUUCGUCUAAGCAUGUGUGACCAUCUUGUUGUUAACGAGGAGAUUAUUCUAUGUGAGCUCAUUAAAGCUAUAAAAUCUAGUAGGAUAGAAAUGAAAUUGUUGGAUGACGCAAUGGUGCUUGUUGGUAAUUCUAAAGAAACAUCUAGCGAUAAAAUAGAUUGUGUAUACAAGUUACUGUUAGAAAGUGAUGGCUACCAAGCUCUUAAAAAUUGGAUGUUUACACACAAGCCUACUGUCUUGUUGCAAUUAAAACAAAACAUUGCAAAUGAACAUUAUUCAAACAACGCAUGCAGUUGCAACUAUUUGAAAAAAGCUCAAGUUACUUGGGAGCGUAAAAUGUUACGAAGUUUAAAUUCAAUGUGCCAAGAGCUUGGAAUACCUUUAGCAAGAAAAAGGUCAAAAAGUCACAAAGAAGCUGUUUUACAAAACUGGACAGAAUUAUCGGUAUUUUUCAACAGACACUCAAUUAUUAAACCUGUUUUUGGUCCGAAAGAUCUAUUGGAUGUUCUUACCAAUAUUAAAUAUCCUCAAUUCAAAUCCACAUUUAAUAAUUAUAAUUCAACAAUGAUUCCGAAUUGGGGUUUAAUAAAUUUACCAUUAAAUGUUAAAAAUCUAAGGUUUUAUGAACCUUUACACAUUAAAUAUUCCCAAAUUGGUGUUGAUGACUCAUCUAUGUCCACAUUUGAACAAGUACGUGAACAUGAAGCUAAAGAAAUUAUAAGGCUUGAUUCUUCUGAAAUGGCACAACAGUUUUUGCGUUAUGGUUGCCCAUUAGGUUAUCGUGCGCGAUUAUGGACUUUGUGUUUAAAUGCAAAAGUAACAGAACACGAUCGUCUUUAUUAUGAUCAAUUGAAAUUAUCUGUUGCAGAAAAUGAAUAUAUGACAGAUCAAUUAAUUUGCAAGGAAGUACAACUUACCGCCUCCAAUGAUGAAAUGCAUUUUGUAUUUUGUGAUUAUACAUAUCAGAUUCUUUUACCUUUCACAAGAGAUCAGACCAUAUUAUUGCAUUUUAAAACAAUGCUUGCAUCACCACCAAAAGUGAUCAAUAAAAAUUCUACAGAAGCAUACACUUAUCCACCUUCUGGAGUCAUACCAUUUCAUGGUUUUUCUAUGUAUAUGUUACCAUUAUGUUAUUUGUAUGACGAUCCAGUUACUUUGUAUAUAAUAUUUCGUCAAUUAUAUGUACGUUACUUUUACAAAUUACAUACAAUAUCUGACGAAAAUAGUGGUAUUUUAUGUUUAUGUUCAUUGUUUGAACGUUUGCUACAAAUCAAAGAACCUGAGAUUUUCUUUCAUUUAAAAUCAGUCGGUGCACAACCUAUUCGUUUCACAUUUAAAUGGCUAAUGCGUGCAUUCAGUGGCUUUUUAGCACCUGAUCAAGUACUUUUACUGUGGGAUAGAAUACUUGGAUUUGAUUCGUUGGAAAUUUUAGCAGUUUUAGCUGUGGCUAUAUUCUCUUACCGUCGUGCUAAUUUACUCCUGGUGAGAACAGUAGCAGAUGUUGAGGCAGUUUUAGCAGAUCUGACAUCCAUACAAGUGAUCAGUCUUCUGCAAAUGAUUAUGUUCACAGAUUAA